AGCCUUCCCUCCUCGGCUGCACUUUCCGAUUCUGCCUUUGGAGCGGCCCCAUGGCCAGCCGCGGCCGCUCCAUCGGCUUCCCUUUCCUCACCUGCAUAUGAACUUUGCUUCCUGAGGACUGGACACUGUGGUCGUCGGAGUCGUCGAGAUCGUCGUGGUGCUCCGGUGGUGGCCUUCGUCCGUGUAGAAUAGUGUAGUUAGUUAGGGGCCAUCGGAGAAGAAAGAAGACGCGAAUAGCGCAGAGAUGCUGGAGGUUGUCAGUUACUAAGCUAAGGAGAGAUAGUGGAGAAUGACCAGCCAAACCUAGCCGGGGGUGCGCGGUCGCCCCAAGGAGGUCGACUGGCCGGCGCUUGCCCUCGCGCCGAGCUCCCUCCGUCCCCCCUCCGCGAAGGCGCGAGGUGGCGGCGCGCAGCGCAGCGCUCAGGCUGCUGCGGACUCAGCUGGGCGAUUGCAGCUCAGUCCGUUCCUCGUCUCGCUGCCGCCGCCGCGGCGACCGCUGCCUCGUCUCCGUCCCGGAUGCUAGUGGGUAUCAACUAAUACCUGCGAGCACCUGUAACAUAGGCCAACCCAUGCCAUCCCUCAAAAAUUACCGAAAAAAAAAUGACAUGAUGAAUCCAAUUCCUUAAUUUGAUUAUCUCAAUUUUCAACUGUGGUUGCUUAAGUCUGAAGCAAUCAUGGUGAACCUGAGGAAUGCGGUGCAAACGCUCCUUGUGCACCUAAUUGGCCUAUUGGUUUGGCAAUGUGAUAUAUCUGUGAGCCCAGUUUCAGCUCUAGUAACUGACAUUUUUAAUUCCUCCGAUGGUGGACGCUUCAAAUUUCCAGACGGGGUACAAAACUGGCCAGCACUUGCAAUCGUGGUAAUAAUAAUCAUGACAAUCGGUGGCAACAUACUCGUUAUCAUGGCAGUAAGCAUGGAAAAGAAACUGCACAAUGCCACUAAUUACUUCUUAAUGUCCCUAGCCAUCGCUGACAUGUUGGUGGGACUACUUGUCAUGCCCAUCUCUCUGCUUGCAAUCCUUUAUGAUUAUGUCUGGCCACUACCACGAAAUUUGUGCCCCGUCUGGAUUGCUUUAGAUGUUUUAUUUUCGACAGCGUCCAUCAUGCACCUCUGCGCUAUCUCGCUGGAUCGGUAUGUAGCAAUACGUAAUCCUAUUGAGCAUAGCCGUUUCAAUUCGCGGACUAAGGCCAUCAUGAAGAUUGCUAUCGUUUGGGCAAUUUCAAUAGGUGUAUCGAUUCCGAUCCCAGUGAUCGGACUGCGGGACGAAAGCAAGGUGUUCGUGAACAACACCACCUGCGUGCUGAAUGACCCAAAUUUCGUUCUCAUUGGGUCCUUCGUAGCUUUCUUCAUUCCGUUGACGAUCAUGGUAAUCACCUACUGUUUAACGAUCUACGUUCUCCGAAGACAAGCUUUGAUGUUACUGCGUGGCCACACCGGGGAACCGCCUGGACUGGGGCUGGACUUCUUGAAGUGCUGCAAGCGGAACACCGAUGAUGAAGAGAGCGCCGCCAACCCUAACCAAGAUUUGAACCAGCGCCGAAGAAAGAAGAAAGAACGCCGGCCGAGGGGCACCAUGCAAGCGAUCAACAAUGAAAGGAAAGCUUCCAAAGUCCUUGGGAUUGUUUUCUUUGUCUUUCUGGUCAUGUGGUGCCCGUUCUUUAUCACCAAUAUCCUGUCGGUUCUAUGUGGGAAGACCUGUAACCAGCGGCUGAUGGAAAAGCUUCUGAAUGUGUUUGUUUGGAUCGGUUAUGUGUGUUCAGGAAUAAAUCCUCUGGUGUACACGCUCUUCAACAAAAUUUACCGUAGGGCAUUCUCCAAUUAUUUGCGCUGCAAUUAUAAGGCGGAGAAAAAGCCUCCUCCGGUCAGGCAGAUUCCGAGAGUCGCAGCCACAGCUUUGUCUGGGAGGGAGCUUAAUGUUAACAUCUACCGGCACACCAAUGAGCCCGUGGCUGAGAAAGCCGAUGAUGGCGAGCCUGGUAUAGAGAUGCAGGGGGAGCACUUGGAGCUCCCGGUGAACCCCUCCAGCGUAGUUAGUGAGCGCAUUAGUAGUGUGUAAGAAAGAGCCGCACAGUGUUGUCCGACACUAACACCACAGGUGUAGGAAAACCUUCGCUUUUUCUGGUCGGUCAUAACUGAUGUAAAUAUUGCUGUCUACAAAAGUGUUUUUAUAUAUAGCUUUGCAAUCUUGUACUUUACAAUCAUGCCUAAUAGUGAGAUUUAGGGUUCUAUAUUUACUGUUUAUACUAGAUCAAAAAAUAAACGUCUUUUGAGUUUGUGAGGAAUCGAAUGUUGGGGGUUUUCUUCCUGUCCCUCUUUCUUCCUUCCUUCUACCCUUCCUUCUUCCCUCCCUCCCUGCCUGCCUUCCUUGCGCCUUCCUUCCUUGAUCCCCUUUCUUUGUGUGCAUAAGGAAAUAUUGAUGUUGAUCUCAGGUGGCAUUUGCAGGAGACCAGAAUGAUGCACAUGACAGUGGUGACAUUUCAACCACACCCAAAUUAACAAAUUCCGUGGAAUCUUUUCUCCAGGUUAACAGUAAAUAUAUGCUUUAAAUUCUUGCUCAGCUCAUGUACACACCUGAAUACAGUAAGAUAGGUUCUGCCUUCUGAUUACCACAUUGGUUGGUGAGUCACAAGCAGAACUUAGCCUUGUUGUUACAUAUAGGGGCAAAAUUUGACAUUGUCAGAUUGUUGUGUUGGUAUCUCACUGCAAUGUCUGUCCCCAAACAUAGUGGUAUUUUAACAUAGCAGCUGGUUAACCAGGACUAAAGAAGUAGAAGGAUGAUAUGAGAUAGAGACAUCAAUAGCUUUUCACUUCUUAAGGACAAUGUUCAAAUUCUGAUUAGCAAUUCUGAAAAGCAAACUGGAAUUAGUGGUAUCAUUCUGGUCCUUAGUAAAUACCUAAUUCCAGGACCAAACUGGGAGACCAGAUCCCAGAGCUGUUUCCCAAUCCAGGAUUCAACAUCAGUUGGGUUUAAAUCUCAGGAUCCUGGAAAUCCGUGUGCUACACACAAAGUGAAAUUAGCAUUUUGAGCCUUAUUCAAAUAUUUUCAUAAUUAUGGUACCUCUAUCUAUAGGACCUAAUUUCGCAGUCCAUUCUUGAGUAAAAUGUGCAUUGGAAGCAUAGACCUCCAAAACCUUGGACGUUUUACUUGAUUAAGGACUACAGAAUUAGGCCCUUAGAAUGUGGAAAAAAAGUAAUUCAAAUCAAGCUUCUACUGAACUUUGGGAAUAACAGAAAUUCAGAGUUUCCAUUUGGAAUUUAAACAAAAUUGAUCACAUUUUCAGAUCCUUCCAAAGUCUCUAGUGCAGGAAAAGGCUGCAGCUAAUUUGUGAAAGUGGCAAGCUCUUCAUUGUACUGCAAUUAUGUACCAGAAGUUUAAAAUCCUUGUUAAAAUAUAGUGCUGUGUUACAAUAAGUGUUGGCCAUUGUUUCAUUCGUGGGCCUACUGCUCUCUAAGAACUCAAUACCAUUUAAUAGUUUGUUAACCAUAAAAGGUUUUCAAGCAUUGCUAAAAUCAGACCAUUCAGUCUAUGCUGUGUGCAGAGUAUACAAGUGUUUUUCUAGUACCUAUAUUUCCAUGUGUGCCCAUUUCACACAACUGUGGAUCAAUUUCCGAAGAAUUCAUGAUGCUAUUUCUUACGCCUGACAGUUACUUGCACACCUUAGAGUGUGCCUCUCUGUUUCUUGACAUUAGUGACUGCAGAAUCUGAAUUUCAAAACCUCCUGGUGUGUGUCCUCAACACACAGCAUAGAUAAAUCCAACAGGCUGUCCUAGGGGCAGUGGGAAAGGUGCUGUAUUCGAGAAAACUCAUACAGUCUCGACUUGAUUUGCAACACUGCCAAAUGUCAGUCAAUUGCUUGAGCAUGCCCAACUAUUAACACGAAGGUAAAGUCUACCUGCCUGUUAGCGCUGUUGAACUGCAUGUUUGAACAAUUAUAUGAAAUUGAAUGAUUUUGAGCUCUUACUGAGAUGAAAAUGUCUGAAAAAACACAGCAUGCCCUUAGCAUGAGUUCUGCCCAUACAGAUGGUACCCUGCAUGUAUGCCAUGUAUGUUGCAUGAAUCCAUCGACUUGUAUCAAUGUAGGGCAGGGUAGCUGAUAUUAAAAGGACUAAAGAAGAUUCUUCAGCAGCCCUUAAAGAGACCAUGCAUUCAGAUGAGAAGGAUUGUGAGUAAUAGAGAAAAUUGGAAACAUCUGAUUUCUUAACUAUCAGGGCAAGCUCAUAGCACAUGUUUUACAAAGAAAUAAAAUAUAAACCACGAAUUUUCAAAAGCACUAGCAAUAAAUUGAAUGAUAAUAGCUUAUAGCACAUUUGUUAAAAAUUCUUAUGUCAUCAAGUAGAAGUACUUAAUAGUAUCGAACACAAUAAUUAUCCACAAAUUGUGUGCUAUUCGUAAAUUCUGUGAAGUUUGGUAUGAAGCUAAUAUGCUCAUUUGGAUAUAAAUCUUACAAUUCAAUGUUAAAUCUACAAACUUUUAUAAAUGUUUUAAAAAAAAGUCUAUGUAAUAAAUGUGAACGUGGUGAAUUUACUGUCCAGCAAAUCAUUUUGAUGUACUAUUAUAUAUGUAUAUCUGUUUAAGACACGUGCAACAGACUGCCUUAUAUUAUUUUCUGUAAAUCUUUUCCCUUGUCAAAUGGUACUUUUUGUGAAUGGUUACAAAGUGUUGUCUUACUCCUGGUUCUUGUACGUUAUCCACUGCAGGUUUUUGUGAUACUUCCUAUUAAUUUAUUAAAUUUAUUAAAUAUUGUU